CAGUGCAUCACGGUGCUCUCUCGUCUGUCUCCUCUCAGGACCCGUCGAUAUACCCACAAUCCCCCGCGCAGAGACAAGAUGGCGGACACUCGCGACCGCAGGAGAACAAUGUUUGGGCUUUAAAAGACUCAAAGGAACGGGUGAGGAGAACGACUACGAAUAUAAAAAGCAGAUGAUGGUCAUGUACCGGUUGUUCCUUUGGUAGCUCCUAGUAGUUAUCCUGACCACAAAUCACCAUGAGUAUUAUCCAAGACAAGCUGAGCAACGAGUUCCUGCGAAACGGGGGAAUGGAGCCCAACUUUGCACCCAGCAUGCUCAUGUUCAGCCACCUGCCACCCGUCACCAGCUUCACACGCCUGGCAGCGCAGUCCGUCAUGCAGGACCUGCCACAGGAAAUGAUCCUGAAGAAGGAGCGCAACUCGCCUGACCACAGCGGCAGCUUCAUACACUCCAUGGGCAUUAAGCAAGAGAAGAUGACUGAGCACGACUACCGUAUGGCCCACUAUGGCAGCGGCAUGGGAAAGAGCACCGAGCUGCUGGAGAUGUCUCUAGGUGGCCACCAGAACCUGUUGGUGCAUGAUCUCAGCCUCAGCAAUCUAUCAGGUAGACUUGCAAAAGAUCAAAAAGAGUCGUCUGGCAGAAGAGGUCGGAAGUCCAAUGGUGAAGAGUUGGAGGGCAAAGCCAGGAGGAAACGCGGGGAUUCGUCAAAGUCGAUGCUGGAUGGUGAGGGUGGAGCCUUGUCCCCCAACUCCAAGCCGCACAUCUGCGAGCACUGCAAUGCAGCCUUCAGGAGUUCCUAUCACUUGCGCAGACACGUGCUCAUUCACACAGACUGCACAGGUGAGCGGCCUUUCAGAUGUAGCCAGUGCAACAUGAGCUUCAUCCAGAAGUACCUUCUUCAGCGGCAUGAAAAGAUACACAGCGGCGAGAAGCCCUUCAGCUGUGAUCAGUGUAACAUGCGCUUUAUUCAGAAGUACCACAUGGAGAGGCACAAGAGAACUCACAGUGGAGAAAAGCCAUAUAAAUGUGACACCUGCCAACAGUAUUUCUCCAGAACCGAUCGAUUACUUAAGCACAAAAGAACCUGCGGAGAAGCCAUAAAAAAAGGGCUGGAGCCUGGGAUGAUGGACCUCGGGGUUGGUGAGGCUGGUUCCAGCAGCUACUCUAUCACUCAGGGAAAUGGCACUGUUUCUGGCCGCAAAAGGGUGAGGUCCAAAAAUGCCACUGAAGCAGGAGAGCGCAAGAAAAAGAAAACUGGUGACACACAAAUGGCUGGGGGUCUUGGCCUCCAGGACUAUGCAGUCGAGGUCCCUACGGUAUCCUCAAACAGCAACUUACCCAGCCCCAAUAUGCACGACCAACAUGGUCGUGCUCCCAAGCUUGUCUUUAAGAAGGUUGGACGGAAGGGGACCGACAAAGGUCUGGUCCCGCUUGAGGAGUCCUCCAGCAGUCCUCAUGGGCAGAAGCUGCUGUCUCAAAAAGGUGACUCCAUGAACCUUGCUGGGAGUUCAGGAAUGGACCACAUAGGGCUCCUGCAGGGCUCUGUCGUCAAACAGGGCCCAACCAGCAGCAACUAUGAUGAUGCCAUGCAGUUUCUGAAGAAGCGGCGGUACCUGCAUGCAGCUAAUAGCAACAGUGGUGGUGAUUACGGGUCAAGCGUGGUGCACAUGCCCUCACAACAGACAGUGAUCCAGGGUGUGAUGGACAGUGAGACACCCUUGAAUCUUCUAGACUCGCCGAUUAGUGGCGACAUCAAGCAUGACAAGUCGGGCAUUCCAGACGAAGUGCUCCAGAGCCUGCUAGACCACUAUUCUCAGAAGCCUGACGGCUCCCACGAUGUCCCCUUUGACCUUAGUGACCAGCAUGUGGAGCUUCAUCCCUCUGCGGGCACCCCUGAACUGGGCCAGGAAGAGGACUCCCCCACCUCCUCUGGAGAUAAGACUGUCAGCAUGCACGAAUACUCCAAGUUCUUACUGCAGGCCCUGGAGCGAACCAGCCACAGCAACACCUUCCCCCUCGGCCCAGGUGGGCCUUUCCCCAGCCUGGUCUCCAGCAGCGGCCAGCCUGGCAGCUCCCUUUUCUCUGAGAAACAGGUCUACACUACUUCCCCCUUAGAGUGCAGCUUUGGCCCGUCUGUUACCUCAACCCUUUCUUCUUCCUUGCCAAAGUCCCAUUUUGGGAUGUUGGCGGGCUCAGGCCAGCCCAGCUUCCACCUGAGCAGCCUGGAGUCCCCCCACCAGCAGCUGACACCCUCCCAGGAGCUCACUGAACAGAUCGAGAAGCAGCACUCACCCACCUACCAGAUUACCACUCCAGAGUUAUCUAGUCAGAAGGGGCAGCAGCCUAAGAGAAGCACGGCUGCUUCCAGCUACCAGCUUGCAUCACCGGACCUGACCCCGUUGGAUACGUCCAAGGGUCUGGAUGUUCGGGGCCCCUAUCAGAUUGAGAAUUUUGCCCAGGCCUUUGGGUUCAAAUCAGGUGGCAGAGUCCCUCUGGCUUUCAGCAGUGAUUCUAGCGGAGAGACUGAGCACAGAAUUAGGACUCCUGUGUCAGAAUUCUCAGGGUACACUAGUUUGUUAGCUGAUGUCAAUGAGCCAGUUAGUACAGGAUCUAAGACCCCAACAAGCCAAAGUUACAGGUAAGGUCUGAGAUAGAUGGACCUAGUUGGAGGUUUUGUUUUGUUUUUUAUUUUACUAUUAAUAUUUUUUUAAGCAAGGUUGUUUUAAUUACACUGCCAAUAAAUGUUUAUACAAUAUCCCACCAGGAAAGGAUGAUGGCCUCCCUCAAAUGCAAUUUUAAUUUUUUAAAACCUAUUUAGUCGAUUUCUUUAGUGUAGUAGUACUAGUAAUAGCAGUAGGUAUGGUUGUUACGUUAAAUAGAUUAAAAUAGAGGGUAGCUGAAUACUAGCUUAUUUUUCCAUGAACCUUUGUGUUUUAGCAAUCAACAAUUGUAUAAUAAUAAUUAUUAUUAGUAAUAAUAAACAUAAUGGCAGGGAAUAGCCCAGAUUUGAAAUAGCAAAAAAUGCCUGUUACAAGAAUUGAAAGUAUUACUCAGGAAAAACGUGUACUAAGGAGAAUUUAUUAUAAGAAGUGGUAAACAGUCAUUUUAGAGGUGUAUGUUUAAAACUACAGAGAAGCUUUGUGAAAUGUUUUGCCCAUUCAGAAAUGAAUGCAGCCAGUAAUUGAACUGGCCCAUGUUAAACUGACAGCCCUUCCGCCUAGUCAUUUAGAGAUCAUGGUACUCUUUGGUCAAUGUGAAGCGGUCACAUUUUGUUCAGCAAUGGCCACUUGACUUAAUUUUUUAUUAUUCUACCAGGGAACUCUGUGGUCAGUGAAAAGGAAAAGUGUAGAAUUGUAUUGUGUUUUGGCCCCUUUGGUCUAGUGAUGAUCAGUCCCACCUGAGCCCAUAUGUACACAGACCCAGGGGGUGUCUGGACAGGCAAGAUGUUGCCUUUCUGAGGAAAUGCCCUGUCAGCAAUAGUAGUGAUAUAGGAUAGUGAAGGAGGUGCUGGGCCCCUCAUUACCCACUGAGCAGCCUGCUAGGUGUCUGCCGCUCUCACCCAACAAGCACUUUUAAUGCUUUAUUAUAAAACAGGGGAAACGGUGAACCGAGUGACAAUGGAUGAAGCAGACGAGUAACUUUAUUUGCCAUGCUGGUUUGAGAAGUGGCGCCCAGCCUUAACUUCUGCUUUAGUGCGUAAUAGUAUUUCUGUGCAAGUGUCGCUUGAAUGCUAAGUGGGUAAAAUUUCUGAACAGGAUCUGGGCCAGUUUAUAAAGUGUAACAAUCUGUUUGGAAAUAAGGGACAGGAAUAUGUUUCCAUGGUCAUUUUUUGUAAAUUAAGUGGCACCCGGUUUUGGUGUUUGAGUCCUACCUCUGAGCUAAAGUUGAUACCCCGGACUACUAAGCAGAUGCCCAGAUGAGCCUGUGGUUAAUUUAAAAUAGCCUGGGAAUCUUUAGAGGUUAGAAUACGUUUGUCAGCAGACUUUAAUUUAGUCUUGUUUACCUUUUAUAAAUGAGUUAAAAAAAAAAAAAAAUGUUGAUUCAUGAGCUGACUUUGUACAGGUUAUAACCAUGACCAUGACUUGGUCUUCCAGUGUUGAUGGUUGACUGUCUUUGAAAUGCAGAAUUUUCCCUGUGGAAUGGCCGUCUCCAUACCCCGGUCUCCAAACAGACACAGCUGGGCUUGUCAAGCCCGUUAAUGUCAUGGGGAACACAGAUUUGACCACUCAAAAAAAAAAAAAAAAAAAUAAAAAAAAAAUUUUUGAAUCGCCUAUUAUAUACCUCAUAUCACUGUUAAAGCCUAACCAGGGACAUACAUUCAUGUUUGUAGCAAAAAUACUGUAGUAUGAACUCAGCAUAUUGUAUAUCCAUAUUACACCUUUUUUAUGUAAACAGUGUUUACAGUAAUGGAAUGGAAUAUGAAUGGAUUUGUUUAAAGUAUGCUUUGGUCUGUAAAGCAUUAACACCAAGCAGUGUUGCAGUCUGUAUUCGCAUAGUUUUUUUUGACUUUCUAUUUUAAUAUUAUUUAGACCAGUUUUGUUUACAAAAAUGUUCAAAAACACUAAUGUGUUUUUUUUCUUUCUCAGAUAUGCAUGAAAUGAGAGGUUUUGUAGGACUUUUGCUGGUUAUCACUGUGCCACCAAAUUUUUAGCAGAUGUUUUUGUCCCUUAUCUUUUUUGCUACUUGCUUAUUUUAUUCUAGAUUCUCGUGACAUGAUUUGCAGGGCUGUACCUGUUGGAUGAAAUUUAUAAGUGAUUAGGAAGAAUAAACUAUCAACACCUCUCAUGCUGUUUUUGCCUCCCUUUAUAACCUACCAAUGCCGAAGUAUGUGAAGAGCAGGUUUCAGGAUGAUCAGUUUUCUUCAUGCAUUUACCAUUUAAGGCUCUAUGUACUUGUGCUUACCAUUAAAGAGAAACUUUACUGUU